AGUCGUUCAUUCUACUACAGAAUCUCAAGAUGUCCGACCGCCUCGUAGGACUCAGCAUGCUCGUUGCAGCAACUGCCGUCUUCGUCUACUAUACCGUAUGGACACUGUUUAUGCCCUUCGUUGACGACGACCACAUCCUGCACUCCCUCUUCCUCCCCCGUGUCUGGGCCAUCCGCAUACCCGUCAUUCUGAUCAUUCUUGGCACCACUGUCGUCGGCAGUUUCCUGUCCGUCGUCAUGAUACGGAGCAAUCGAAAGAAGGCGCUCAAGGCCAAGCAGAAGAAGGCAACCUAG